GUAGCAUGAGAGAUUGGUGGCAAGACCCAACAAGUUGGAUGAUGUAACUUCCCUAAUGAGCUUAUGUACUGGGCCUUUUAUACUGCAAAGAAAUCAAGGCAAACAUCAUUUAGUUUGGGUUGGCGAUCUGGUUCGUGUAUAUGUGUAUAUGGGGAUGGUCUGUUUGCUUUGCGAUACGGUUAUUUAUUUUGCCACCAGCAAUUUGCAAUCAUUGUUGGUAUAGUCGUGAAGGUAAAC